AAAAAUCACCAGUAAUCCAACAACCUUGGAGAAUACCGCUGUAUUAACGUUACACAGUUUUUAGAUGGCUUAAGUCGUGGAUAAACCGAGGCUAUCUAGACUAGAGGAAUGGAUGGGCUUGACACAGUCUUCCAUCAAUACCACUGUCCUCAACUGGUUCUGACAAGAAUGAGCUGCAAAUGUCUUUAGGUUAUUGUGUCUGGCUAGGUCCAGAAUUGCAGAUAUCCCAUGCUGUCUGAAGGUGGAAUCUGUAUGCUUUCAAGAGGAAUAGGUUGGCAACUUGGCUAGCCUCUUAUGAAAUCGAGGCGCCUAUCUGAAGCCUUGAUUGGGCAAAGGGUCAUCCACUCUGUAUAGGGGAUCUCCAAGAGCUGAGAGGCAAACCAGAGUAUUUCUGCUUUUGUUCAUGAGUGUUGAAUGCUAAGACACUCAAGGAGUACCUCUUAAAACUGCCGCAAAGGAGGUGCAUCAAAGUAGAAAUACAGAAAAUUCGGGUAGUCUGGUGAGGUAAACGUCAAGAGCAGGGUUGUGCAUCCAUUCUUGUACCUCCUUUCUGAUGGUCUGUCUUGCGGUUCAACACCAUCAAAGUUUUCACUACAGAUGGUCAGCAGCAUCUCCUUCUUAGGCAAUCACCAGUAUGUAUCAGAUGCCUGUUUAAUGUCAGAAACUUUAUGCCACCCUGUUUUUGCUGGUGUUUCCCACCAUCUUUUACAUUGUUUGUAUGACUUGCUCAGUAUUGUAGGGAUAAUGUUUCUGAGUCCAUGGUAUAUAUAACUCCUGACCAAGUGAGUAGAUGAUGUGACUUCAGAAAAGAACAUGUUGCUAGUGAUUCAAAUGUGCCACUUGACACAGGAGGACACAUGCCCUGUAGUUGACUUACCAAGGAUGAGGUGUUGACCUCACAUCUGAUGUUUGGUAGAUCUGUCACAGAAUCUGGCUGAGCAGCUGUGAGGACAAUGGUAGGUAAGGCAUCCAACCUCCCUGGCACUACUCUGAGCACUUUAACGGUGUUAACUAAAACCCUCACACCUUGUGAGGCUGGUGCUGUAUCUCUUUAUAGAUGAGGAGACUGAGGGAUGGGAAAGGCAAACAAAGUGUCCUCAGACAUUAGGUGGGUGUGAUGGAGCCAGAAUUUGAACCCAGGCAGCCUGGAUACAGAGUCUCUACUAUUAAUCGCCGUAGAAAGGUGAUGAUAGAAUCAAAAGGUGAUGUGAAAGUUGAAAAAAUUUUAAAAUGAAGUAAAUGGUCCAAAUAGUUAAUAAACAUGAUUAUCCUUACAGGACAUGCAUAUUAAAAACUAUGAGUCUUUCUUUCAUACCCAUCAGAUUGGCAAAAAAUUUUUUAACUUCAUAAUACCAAGUAUUUGAAAGGAUGUGAAACAAAGGAAACUUUCAUAUUCGCCUGGAGAAAGUGUAAAUCGGUGUGAUCACAUUGGAGAGCAAUUUGGCAAGAAAUGCACUUGGUGAUGGAAAGAGAGCCAUUAUUCUGAAGAACAAUUGGACAAAGGGUCAUUAUCGUUAUUGUGCUGCUCUUUCUAUGCUGGGGGAAUAUGACUGGGCCCUGCAAGCAAACAUAAAAGCUCAAAAACUCUGUAAAAAUGACCCUGAGGGAAUCAAGGAUCUAAUUCAGCAGCAUGUAAAGUUACAAAAACAAAUAGAAGACCUGCAAGGUCGACCACCAACUAGGAAUCCAAUUAAAGCCUUUUAUGAAAGCAGGGCCUACAUACCAAGUUUAUCAGCACCUGCAUUUAGUACUUCACUUAACUUUGUGGAGACUGAAAAAGAUUCCAGAAAAACUAACCACGAAAUGGCAAACGGUGGUAAUCAUAAUCUAAAGGUGGUAGAUGAAGCUUUGAGGGUAGAUGAUUGUGACUGUCAUCCUGAAUUUCUGCCACCAUCAGGUCAGCCUCCAAAAUAUAAAGGAAAACAAAAAUCCCGAAACAAUGAAUUGGAGAAGUUCAGUUCACAAGGGACUUUGCCAGUAGAUUUGAAAAACAUCUUGGAGAAACAGUUUUCUAAAUCCUCCAGAGCUGCACACCAGGAUUUUGCUAAUAUAAUGAAAAUGCUGAGAAGCUUAAUCCAGGAUGGCUACACAGCUCUGUUGGAGCAGCGCUGCCGUAGUGCUGCACAGGCCUUCACGGAGUUGCUCAACGGUUUAGAUCCUCAGAAAAUAAAGCAACUGAACCUGGCCAUGAUUAACUACGUUUUAGUAGUCUACGGACUUGCCAUUUCUCUCCUUGGAAUAGGACAGCCUGAGGAAUUAUCUGAAGCUGAAAACCAAUUUAAGAGGAUGAUUGAACACUACCCCAAUGAGGGACUUGAUUGCUUGGCCUACUGUGGAAUUGGGAAAGUAUAUUUGAAAAAAAACAGAUUCCUAGAAGCUCUUAAUCACUUCGAGAAAGCAAGAACCUUGAUUUGUCGUCUUCCAGGAGUGCUAACUUGGCCCACAAGUAAUGUGGUUAUUGAAGAGACUCAGCCAGGAAAAAUAAAGAUGAUGUUAGAAAAAUUUAUUGAAGAAUGCAAAUUCCCUCCAGUGCCAGAUGCCAUUUGUUGUUAUCAGAAGUGCCGUGGAUAUUCCAAAAUCCAGAUAUACAUAACUGAUCCAGACUUUAAGGGUUUUAUACGAAUCAGCUGUUGCCAGACCUGUAAAAUAGAAUUUCACAUGAACUGUUGGAAGAAGUUAAAAACUACAACCUAUAAUGAUAAAAUUGACAAGGAUUUUCUACAAGGAAUUUGUCUUACCCCUGACUGUGAAGGAAUCAUUUCCAAGAUUAUCAUCUUCAGUAGUGGUGGACAAGUUAAAUGUGAAUUUGAACACAAGGUUGUAAAAGAAAAAGUUCCUCCAAGACCUAUUCUGAAACAGAAAUGUUCUAGCCUAGAGAAGCUAAGACUGAAAGAGGACAAAAAAUUGAAGAGAAAGAUCCAGAAGAAAGAAGCAAAAAAAUUAGCACAAGAAAGGAUGGAAGAGGACUUAAGGGAAAAUAAUGUCCCCAAAACUGGAGAGCAGAAAGAAACCAUAGACAGUGUUCAGAGUUGCCAGUUCCUUGAUGACAGAAUUCUGCAGUGCAUAAAGCAGUAUACUGACAAGAUUAAAUCCGGUAUACUGAAUACUUCCAAGCUUCUCAAAGAAUUGCUUUCUUGGAAGGUUUUAAGCACAGAAGACUACACAACCUGUUUUUCAAGCAGAAAUUUUCUAAAUGAAGCAGUGGACUAUGUCAUUCGUCACCUGAUUCAAGAAAAGAAUAGAGUAAAGACCAGGAUGUUUCUGCAUGUACUGAGUGAGCUUAAAGAAGUGGAGCCAAAAUUAGCUGCCUGGAUCCAGAAACUUAACAGCUUUGGCUUAGAUGCCACAGGACCUUUUUUCUCUCGCUAUGGAGCAUCUCUUAAGGAACUUGAUUUUAGCAUCAUGACAUUUCUCUGGAAUGAGAAAUAUGGUCAUAAACUAGGCUCUAUAGAAGGAAAGCAACUUGAUUAUUUCUGCCAGCCAACAUCAUUGAAGGAGGCACGAUGUUUAAUAUGGCUGCUUGAAGAACACAGAGACAAAUUUCCAGCAUUGCAUAAUGCUUUAGAUGAAUUCUUUGAUAUAAUGGAUAGCCGCUGUACUGUAUUAAGGAAACAAGACAGUGGAGAUGUGCCUUUUAAUUCUGCCAAGAUAAAGAACAAAGGCAAGAAAAAGAAGCCCAAAGAUUCAAAGCCUAUGUUAGUGGGGUCUGGGACAACUUCAGUAACACCAAAUAAUGGGACUGUCACUUCAGGUGAAGACCUUAACAGGCGCAGUUCAAAUUCUGCAGGCCCAUUUGUAGUGCCUGAUCAUCUUCGGCAAGAUGUAGAAGAAUUUGAGGCUCUCUACGAACAGCAAAGUAAUGAAUAUGUUGUCCGUAAUAAGAAGCUGUGGGACAUUAACCCAAAACAGAAAUGUUCAACUCUGUAUGAUUACUUCUCUCAGUUGCUGGAGGAACAUGGUCCCUUGGACAUGAGUAACAAGAUGUUCUCUGAAGAAUAUGAAUUCUUCCCAGAAGAAACUCGACAGAUACUAGAAAAGGCUGGAGGUUUAAAAUCUUUUCUCCUGGGAUGUCCUCGUUUUGUUGUGAUUGACAACUGUAUUGCCUUGAAGAAAGUUGCAUUACGACUCAAGAAAAAGAGAAAGAAGAAAAACAUUAAGACAAAAGUAGAAGAAAUUGUAAAAACAGGGGAGUACUUACGAGUUAAACUACCACUGAAUCCAACUGCUAGGGAAUUUAAACCAGAUGUAAAUCCCAAAUCAGCAUCUGACUUAUCUUCAGCACCAGCUUGUGAAGACGUGAAGCCCAAAACUGUAUCUGCUGUUUCUCCCAAACCAGCCUGUGAAGCUGCGAAGCUGGAACCAGUGUCCGACAGUUCCUCCAGAUCAGUUUCUGAGGACGAGAAGCCCAAAGGGGUCUCUUCUGAUUCUCCCAAACCAGUACCUGAGGAUGCAGGUCAAAAGGGAGUCCCCCCCAGUUCUCUCAAACCAGUUCCUGAGGAUGUGAAACCAACCUAUUGGGCUCAGCCCCACUUGGUCACAGGAUACUGUACGUAUCUUCCCUUUCGUGGAUUCGACAUUACCCAGACACCACCAACGUAUAUAAACGUGAUACCGAGUUUGCCUCAGUACACUAACAUUUACACACCUCUGACUAGCAUUUCUCCUGAGUAUCAGCUGCAGAGAUCACCAGUGAUGCCAUCUUCUGUAGCCAGUCACAGACCGGAUAAAAGUGCUGCUGGGCAUUUUGAGGGUCAUCAUUCAAAUGCUGAGAAUGCCCCCUGCAGCCAGAUUGCCUUCAAAACACAGAGUCUUCAGGAUUCUUUGGGAAUGCUGGUAAAGCCACAGUGCAAUACAGAUGAUGCUGAUGCAGCCCAUACUGAGUCUAUCGGAAAUGAUGGUCACUCUGGAAACUCUGUCAACAAGUGGGAAGUAAAUCCAGAAAGUACCGAUGAAGUAACAGAUAUCCCACAGACACAGAUGGUUUCCAUGCAGGUGUCUUGGAAUAUAGCACAUCAAGAGGUCAAUACUGAGCCAUAUGAUCCUUUUGAGACAAAACAGGGGGAUAUUUCACAGAUUGAAAAGGAGUACCAAGUCUUACAAGAGAAACUUAAGGAAGCCUGUGAAAAUUAUGAGCAGAGCCAACUCAAGGGCUCAGAAGAGACCAGGGACCUGGAAGAAAAGUUGAAAAGAAACUUAGAGGAAAACAAGAUAUCAAAGACAGAAUUAGAUUGGUUCCUUGAAGAUUUGGGAAAGGAAAUUAAAAAAUGGCAGCAGGAGAAAAAGGAAAUCCAAGAAAGACUAAAAGCACUGAAGAAGAAAAUGAAAAAGGUUUUAAAUGCCAGUGAAACGUAUACCCAGAAAAGUGAUGGAAAGGAUAAGGAAUACGAAUUACUUCUGGAUCAGUCCUGUGAAAUCAGUAAUCCAUUUACAAACGAGAAAAUGAAAAUAGAAGAGUGUAUAAAGAAAGGGAAAGAGUGUUAUGAAGAGAGUCUUCAGAGAUCUGUGGCUGCAGAGGUAUCUGUGCUUGAAAACUGGAAGGAGAUGGAAGUGUACAAGUUAGAGGUCAUGGAAUCACAAGUAGAAGGGUAUCUUCAGAGCCUGAAGCUAAUGAGCAGUGAUUCUGCAGCAUAUCCUGAAAUGGAGUCUGAUGUACAUUCCUGGGAAUCCUUUCUUUCUAAUGUUAGAAAAGAAACUGAGAAAACAAAGUCUCAGUUUGAAGAACAAAUUCAGGCAAUUGAAAAUGGCUCUCUGCUCAGUGACCUUCCUAAAGUGCAGAUCUCCGAGCUUUUACUUCUUGCCUAUAGCACCAUUCAUCCUAAGUCACUUCCUGAGUCUUCAGGCAGUGAUAAUCAAGGUUCCUCCACUCCUACAAGUCAUGGGACUGGAAACCAAACAACACUUCCCAAGGAUUCACGUCUGGUCUCUGCCAGUGAUGGCCCAGCAGGGGCUCCCUCUCCCCCAUUGCCAGGAUCGCCCUCCUGUCAGCUGGAAGUCACCCAGGUGCCGGAGUGUAAGCGCUCUGGCCCUGCACUUCAGUCAGAACAAAGCCUCGUGGCUGAUCAGAAACUACCUGUUGCUCCAGGAAGAGCUACCCGCUCAAGCCAGUCUCCAAAAAAGCCAUUCAAUAGUAUUAUUGAGCACCUGUCAGUGGUAUUCCCGUGUUACAACAGCACAGAGCUUGCUGGUUUUAUUAAAAGAGUCCGAAACAAAAAUAAAAAUUCACUCUCAGGAUUGAGUAUUGAUGAAAUUGUCCAAAGAGUGACAGAACACAUUCUAGAUGAACAGAAAAAGAAAAAGGCAAAUCCAGGAAAGGCCAAGAGGCUGGCUGAGCUCAGCUCCCCUGCUGCUUUGACCGAGGCCUCCCAGGGCCCGCCCUCCAUGACUGAUGGGCCGCCACCCAGAGCCGUGGGGCAGAAUACGGAAGAUGUCCUUGCUUCGGGAGCAAAUUCUUGUGAAAUAUGCCAUGAAGUGUUCAAAUCCAAAAAUGUGCGUGUGCUAAAAUGUGGGCACAAGUUUCACAAAGGGUGCUUUAAGCAGUGGCUUAAAGGGCAGAACGCUUGCCCAGCCUGCCUCAGUCGCGAUCUCCUGUCAGAAGACUAGCCUGCAGCUUCCAGAAGAGGCCAGCCUGCUAUUCUAGGUAGACACACUUCACUGAAGAGUCAUUUACUGGUUGUUGAAUUGUAAGAAUAACAACUUAGUACUUUUGGUAUAAAAGGCAAACAUUUGAAGAUUCUUUGCACUGUGUGUCACAGUGCUAAUGAAUGGAAAUCUUUAGUAUAGUUUAUACUGUUUCCCCACUCCGAUUAAACACUUCGAUAAUAGUCAUAUAGUGGCUAAUAAAAUUAUGUGUAACCACAUUAUUAUGUAAUUGGGGCUGCUUACAGGGGUGAUCCGAGGUGGAAGCUGCUUUUGGAAAGUCCUGUGAACACCUCGAAGCAGUACUUGGAUUAUAACUGUUCUUGACCUAUUAGAGUGCCCCAGGUUAAAUUUUUGUGUGACAGUCAGUGUACCUGAAAAUAUGCUUACAUUUUUCCUCAAAGAUUCUGCUUUUAAAAAAUGUACUUAAGCAAACCACAUUUUAAUAAUUUGUAAUUAAUGUUAAAUUACUGGCUGGUGUAGACCAAAAGAUUCAAAUCUCCUCUCCAUGAAACAUCAUGUGAUUUGAUUUUUCAUUUCAUUUAUUUCCCCUAGAAGAUCUGUAAAGUGCUUAUUUUUUAUUUUCUACAGAUGUAAUCUGUUUUUGAAAAUCGGUUACAAAAUGCUUUCUUAUUACUAUCAGCUAAGACGUUUUUGCCCCUGAGAUCAAGGCUACAUACUCAUCACCCUACCCCAAAUUUGGAAUACCUUACUGUCCUCAUUAGUGGCAUUUAUCUUUCUUCAUGAGUUAGACGAGUCUCUGAGUGUCUCUGUCUAGCACAUAGCAGGCUUUGUGGGGAAACAGUUACCAUCAUCCCACCACCAAAAAGAGACACUUGUGUAAUUAGACAGUCCUGAGGUGUCUGUGUUGAAAUUGUUCUUUGUUCAACAUUCAUGUGAAAUAAUGCAUGCACUCUUGUACUGUAGCCUAGAAAAAACUGUAACUGCAUUAGAAACUUGAAAAAAUAUAUGUCUUUAGUGACUUAUAGACAGUAGUUAAUAUAGAAACAUGAAUUCUGGACACAUUCCAUUUCCUUCAAACAUGAAGUAUCAAGAAACGUUUCUCAGUGCGUUCUCUGUUUCCCAGAAAGCUCAGAGUCCAAGCUUGUGAGCUGAUUUGGUUGCCCUCCUCUGCUUUGGUUCCCAUGAGUUUUGAUGUCAUGGUGACUUAGUCCAUAGAAGCUCACUCCGUUUUUUGAAGCAGAUUCUCCAUGCAGGUCCCUAAAACAUUGUCUUCAUGUCCAUGACGAAAACUGAAACCUUGUCGAGAUUAACUGUAGGUGGUAGAGACCAGUUUGUGGCAUCAGGUACAAGGGAAAAGAAGAGCAGCUGGAGAAUGAGAGAAUUGCUGUACAUAACUUCAAGCAAAUACUUGUGAACAUGCCUUACAUGUGUCCUCUUAGUGUCAAAUAAAGAACAAUCUAAAAUAAAAUAACAUGUUUACUGUC